AGUUGGUACCUCUAACUGACGCCCGGGCGCAUCUCCUCGUUUGUGCACCGUCAUCGUGUUCGAACGGCACAAUCGCUGUCCUCCGCUCUCCCGCGCUCGCCGCCCCGCCUUGACCGCCGUCCCCGUCGUCAACCAUCGGCGUAUCUCGGCAACGCGUCCGACACGAACGAUAGCGUCGUUUAUGCUUACCAGCAAACGUAGCCGCGUGCAAUAUCUGUUUGGCACACGAUAACAUUGAAAUCCAAAAGCGUUUCGGUCCACCUUUGGACCGUAUUCUCGUUAGCCAAGAGCUAAGCUCCGGCAAUAGCUAAGCAUUUUUGCAGCACAUGCAUGAUUCAUGGGCCGUCAAACGUUUCGAUGAAUACGAUUAAUAACAACACAAUAUCAUUAUUCGAGGUUUAAUUCGAAAACCCGUUUUAAUUUAUCGGUGUGUUUUAUAGUCACCGUAACAACUGCCAAAAAAUUGAUUAUCGACACAAUCUUUAAACAUCCGUUGCUAUAUCGUUUGAUCGUUGACAUUACGGUUGUGGUCGAUCACUUACUAUGAACAUGGAAUCAUCUGAGAUUUGGUCGUUGAAAACCAUAAGCCUUAAAGCAAUUUAUACAAGCCUUGAAAAGAUAUUGUUUCAAAAAAAUAAACAAAAACAAGAUUCUUCAAAACUAUUGAAACGAAACCUUGAAAAAAAAAUUAAUAAAAGAAGACAAUUGGAAAAUGUUGAUCAUGUUGAUUUGAUGAAUACAUACAAAAAAAAAAACAAAGAAAUCGAUUUCAAUCAAACAGAAGGAAAAAAUAUAUUGCCUUUAAUGAAUCCAGAACUAAUGUUUGAAGUGCCUGAAGACAUUGAUAACUGGAUAGCAGUGCUUUGUCCAGAUGGAAUACGGUGUUACGUUGUUGCUAAAAAUAACAAAACUAAAGCUAUUGCUACAUCUGGAAAAACAAUUAAUUGUUUCCAAUCAUUAUUUCCUUAUGGACAAUGCUUACAAGAUAAUCGUAUUCGAUCACGUCGUAUACAAACGGUUUUAGACUGUGUAUAUAGUGCUCAAUUAAGAAAAUUUUAUGUUUUGGACGUUCUUGAAUGGCUAGAUAUGCCAUGCACAUAUUAUGAUGCCGAUUUUAGAUUUUCUUUCGUUGAAAGUAGACUUAAUCUAAUACAGGGAAUCAAUAAAGUAUCAGAAAAAAAUUAUUUUCCGUUUGAAAUGGCUCCAAGAAUGGUUACUAGUGAUUUUUACCAGUACAUUUUAGACAAUGGUAAAUUUUUUCCUGAAAAUGUGAAUUUGGACCGCAUUUACUUUUAUAAUCCUGAAAGCUAUUACAUUAGCAAUACACCUACAGCACUUUGGCUAAAACCAUUCAUGAUAACUGAUGUCUUGCAAAAACCAAUCAAUGAUCAGAUAGAACUACAAAGACCAUUAAAUUAUGUUGACAUCUUUGAGUAUGAUAAAAAUUUGAAAACAAACAAAAAAGAGAAGAGUUCAUCUGACUCUAAGAAAUGAAAAUAAAUUACCUAGUUGAGGUUAAAUCAGUUACAGAUCAUGUCUUCUAACUAUGAGAAAGGAAUCAAAUAUUUUUGUUCAGUUAUUAAUUAGUUUUCAUCAUAAUAU